UCCCUGUCUCUUACAUCGACAUCCCGGAUUGUUUGAUCAGCUGUUGAUUAUUAGAUAGCCUCCGUCGGGUUUUUUUUUUUUUUUUUUUUGGGUUUUAAUGUUUAUUAUACGUUGCUCAUUUUCCUCGCCGAUGGAUUUAUGCAUAACAGGUGUUGUUUGAGCCCGACAGCACAGCCAGAGCAUGAGGCUUUAUUAUGUGCUUUUCUCCCCGUUUGACAAACAGUGAGACAAAGCGGCUGGGAUCAUUUUUUUGCUUUUACCGUGAGGGAGGAUCAGAUCCAAAAAAUGAGGGGAUGAAAGGUGGUGAGGUUGUGGAAAAAGAGAAAAGAUGAUUCUGUCAUGUAGAAAAGAUCCUUACGGCCUCUCCUUGUAGAAACGAGAGAGCCGCGGGAGAAGACGGCUGUAGGAGGAACAGAACUGUUGAAAAAGGGCCCGUACCGGGCAGGCUCGCUCCAGGAAGGUGAUAGGUAGAAUGGCUAACCAGAGCUAUGCCAUCGAUGGCCCUGGCAGUCUGCUGGCUGUGCUGGCUUCGCAGAGCGGACUGUCGAGAGGCGGCAGCAGCAGCAGCAGCAGCAGCAGCGAUGGCAACAGCGGAGGAAUCUCUGCCACAGAUGUGUCUGCCUACUUUAAGCUGGUCUUCUUGGGGUUGAUCAUCUGUGUCAGCCUCGUCGGCAACCUACUGGUCUCCCUGUUGGUCCUGCGAGACAGGACGCUCCAUAAGGCUCCCUAUUUCUUUCUCCUGGACCUGUGCCUGGCCGAUGCAGUCCGCUCCGCCGCCUGCUUUCCCUUCGUGCUGGUUUCUGUCCACAACAGCUCGGCAUGGACUUACAGUGCCUUGAGUUGUAAAGUCGUGGCUUUCAUGGCCGUGCUGUUCUGUUUUCAUGCUGCCUUCAUGCUCUUCUGUGUGGCCGUCACUCGUUACCUUGCCAUCGCCCACCACCGAUUCUACGCCAAACGCAUGACCAUAUGGACCUGCGCCGCCAUUAUCUGCAUGGUGUGGACUCUGGCCGUCGCAAUGGCGUUCCCGCCCGUCUUCGACGUGGGGACUUACAAGUUCAUCCGCGAUGAGGAUCAGUGCAUUUUUGAACACCGCUACCUGAAGACCAACGACACCCUGGGCUUCAUGCUCAUGCUGGCCGUGGUGGUCCUGGCUACUCACGGUUUCUAUGCCAAGCUGCUGCUGUUCGAGUACCGGCACCGCAAGAUGAAACCCGUCCAGCUGGUGCCCGCCAUCAGCCAGAACUGGACCUUCCACGGUCCCGGGGCCACGGGCCAAGCUGCGGCCAACUGGAUUGCGGGGUUCGGUCGUGGCCCCAUGCCACCCACCCUGCUGGGCAUCAGGCAAAAUUUACACAAUCAGCACCGGCGUCUGCUCGGGAUGGAGGAGGUGAGGUCGGAGAGGCGGCUGGGCAGGAUGUUCUACACCAUCACCCUGCUCUUUCUGGUCCUCUGGGCGCCGUACAUCGUGGCGUGUUUCUGGAGGGUCUUUGUCAAGUCCUGCACCAUCCCACACAGGUACCUUUCCAUCACGGUGUGGAUGAGCUUCGCCCAGGCCGGGGUCAACCCCAUCUUCUGUCUCCUGCUCAAUGAGGACCUGAGGAAAGUGCUGAGAGCUCAUUUGCCAACUUACUGGAGGACUAAACAACACCUGCCCCAGGAUGAGGCCUACUGCAUCAUGUGAGGAGAAAGGAUCUCCGUGAGAGGAAUGUUCCAAGUCUUAAAGCGAAAUGUGGAGAAGUGUCAUAAUGCACCUUGAUUCUAAGUGUCAGUGUCUGUUUUGUUGUUUUGCACAACAAAAAUCAAAUUUUUGCUAACAAAAGCAGGCACAGUGCCAUUGUACGAAGAAUGUUGAUAUUUGAAUAGAUGUGUCGGCUGCAAAAGUUGGGACGGGGCGACCAGCGAAGCCCCCGGUAACACUUUAAUGGUUUGUAUUUCUGAUGAUGUACUGUAUGAUUAAUACAUAGGAUAUCACAACAAUCACCGAUCCAACUAAGUGUGACAGAUGCCAUUUUAAAAUAUUGUUGCCUUAUUUCAGAGGGACACGCCCCAGAGCUUUCAGCUGAGAUUUAGCUUCUGUGUCAGAUAAGGCACAAAAACAGACACAGAGAGGGUUGAAAUCCUUGAAGAGAUGUGCCGUGGACUGUGAAUAGAAAGUGUUGAUCAGAGCGUUACUAACUCUGAAACACAUCAUGGAACUCAAAGGGUCUGAAUGGAUUGAUAGACCACCCUGGACGCCUUUUCAUGUAAUUCAAAGGAAACUGCAGAAUAUCAAGUGGACCCAAGAACCUUGGACACGUUUAAAUAGCUGUUGUGAACCCAGAAGCACCUAACAUGCUUGAUUUUUUGGACUUGAUUUAGGGCGUGUCAGGUUUCUUUGUAUCAUAAAAAAAAAACAAAAAAAUUGCCUGUUUUCCUUUAUUUGUAAACAAUACAUGUUAAGCAGAUGACACUAUUUUGAAAUAUGACUUGAUUUCAUAUUGUAUAGACUGUACAGGAAUGUAUAUUCCUGCUUGUGUGUUUUUAUAUAGCAUUUGUGUGUAUGUGUGUGCGAAAGGAAAACGGAAGAGAGGAGGGAGGCAGAAAUAAUGAUGAUAGAAAACUUUCCAGUAAUACUGAGUCAAUAUGAAAGCAGCCUCAUGUUACGGUCUCAAAUUUAUGCAAAAUUGAGCAAUCAUCAUAUGGAAAUGUAUCCUUUAAAUGGAUUUCUGUAACUGGAAAAAAAAAAAA